AGGUCAAUUAAGAUCUUCUUCUUCCCAUCACGUGCUUCUAGAUAUAUACGACACUCAUCAAAAAGCUCAUUAUUUGGCCUCCUUUUCCCUUUUAUUUGAGCACAAACAACCAAUAGAUUGAAGAUAAGGUGCCAUGUAGAUGCCCUUUUUUCUACCUUUUUAUGGAAGAGAGAAAAUAUCAUUAAUCUGUUAGGGAUAUAGCUUCAUGCUUCUUUUGAAUGUUUUGCCAUGCAUGUAAAGAGUAAGAGGAACUGAGUGAUUGUGAGAUAAGAGAGGGAGGUGACAUGGGGUAUAUCUCAUUGUUAAGAGGUCCAAAGAAGGAAGAAGAACAAGUUCUUGACACCAUGGAAACUGAAUUUGUUAACUUGAAAGGUGAUGUUUAUGGCCCGGAGAACAUAGAUAUCAUGGAUGAAUUGGAGGGCAUUCGGGGGUUUAAUGAAAAUGAUGAGAAUUUUUCAGAAGAUAACGCACAUCAGCAGCUGGCUCAACUUAGUUGGGAUUUCAUGCACAGGGAAAAGGGAGAACAGCAAGAGGAAGAGGAGCAAAAAGAAGAAAGAUCAGAAGAACAGCUUGAUGAAUUUACAAGUAAGUUCUUUCCAGAAGUGGCAUCUUUGAACUUGAAUUUAAACUAUCAAGAAGUCUUAGAUGCAUGGUCUGAUCGAGGGCCUCUUUGGGCUGAUGAAUACUCUCUUUUAAUGAUGGGAGAGGUUCCAGUGAUGGACGAAGAGAAAGCAAGAAGAGAAGCAAGUGUUUUAAGGUACAAAGAGAAACGUCAGACAAGAUUGUUCUCCAAGAAGAUAAGGCACCAAGUUCGCAAACUCAACGCAGAUAAAAGACCAAGACUUAAGGGUCGAUUUGUGAAGAGAGUUUCCUGAGAAGAUAGUCAAAAUUGAGAUUAAAAAUAUCUGAAAAAUAUCUGAAAAAUAUGCUUUGUUAAAUUGUGCUUAUUGUUUGACUAGAAAAAAAAAUCUUUGUACCUUAU